AUGUCUGCAUCAACAACGGCCAGUGCCAAAGUCGUCGAGGUUAACGACACCUCGCUCUCCUAUCGUGAAUGCGGAAAAGGCGAACCCCUGAUCUUGGUCCACGGUCAUAUCUCUGAUCAACGAACCUGGAUUGAUCUCGAACACAAACUCGCCACCCGAUUUCAUGUCUUCAACUACAGUCGACGCUUUGCCUGGCCAAAUGAGCCCCUCCAGGACGGUCAAGGCACACCCUGGGAGCAAGACGCCCUCGAUUUGGCCGCCUUUAUCGAGACUCUGAACAUCGGCCCAGUACAUGUUCUGGCGAAUUCGUCUGGAGCGGUCAUUACUCUCUACCUGGCGCGCAGAAAACCUCACCUUUUUCGAAAUUUGAUGGUUGAAGAACCCCCUCUUGUUGGGCUCUUCCUCCCAACUCUCCCUCCAUCUUUGCCAUCGGUGCUCUCUUUCCUUCUUUGGCACCCAAUCACGUUUUGGCCUGUGAUGUAUCUCGGUGCCACAACGACAGCCACAACGAUCCAGCACUGCAAAAAGGGAGAGUAUGCUCAGGCCGUAUCUGUAUUUUGCAGCGGAGUCAUGGGUCCAAAGUUCUGGCCUCGCAUUCAAGCAAACGCGGACCGUCUGCGCCAAGUCGAAGAUAACGCCAAAUGGCUGUGCAAUUUCUUCCGAUACAACACCAUGCCGAAAUACUUGGCAGAAGACGCGCAGAAAACCAAAGUGCCGAUGCUAGUAAUGGCCGGGAAGGAAAGCGCCGCUCAUCAGAGAUAUACUGCCCAUGAAUUGUUCAGAGUUGGCGGCGCGGAAAAGAAGAGGAUCGCAUACAUUGAUGCGGCAGGACAUCUUAUGCAUGAGGAUAACCCCGAGGGAGUUUUCAACGAGGUUGUGAGAUUUGUAUUCGAGGACGCGGUUGCGUAA